UACUGGAGAGUCAGUUCCUAAUCUCCUCACUUAAAAAUGAAGGGAUUGGAGUAUUACAGGAUUUCUAUACUUCUGACUCAAAAAGUCUCUGUUUCUAUUCCUAAAGAAGGCUGAAUUAAUUAAAAAAGAAUUGUUGAAAUUACCACUACCAAUGGGAGGAACUUAAUGGCAUUUCGUUUAUUUCUAUGAUAUAUUUGGGCUUAUUGAUAUUGAAUACCAUUAAGAGGAUGGGGGAGAUUACAUUUAGCUCUAGGAUUUUCUGAUUCAAGUGGCAAUGCCAAGGUGUUCCGGCUUCUAGUCUGAUUCAACCUUAGCAAAAGCCAGGAUUUCUUUUUGGUAAAAUAAUUGAUUCUUGGGUUAAAUCAAUGUGUUGAUUAAUGGAUUCUUGUCAGAGAGUGGCCUCUUAGCCCUUAUUCUUGGCCUGUUACCCUUUUUAACAUUUGUGUUAGUGACCUGAAAGAGACAUAUUUUCCAAAUCAAACUUGGGUGAAAUACCUAAUACGGGUAAGACAACAGAAUGAGAGUUCAAAAAAAUCUCAAUGAGGCUAAAAAAAUAGGCACAAAGUAAGAAGACAGAAAUUAACAGGACAAAGGUUACUGUUCUAGGUUUGGUUCCAAAAACAUCAGCUAUCCAAAUAAGGAAGGGAGUACAAAAAGCUUGGGGAUAGUUGUACCCUCCCCUCUUCCCUUCUCUCCCCAUCCCCCACUCUAGCAUAAAGAAGCCCCACAUGGAAUUGAUGGCACAGCACAAAACCUUAAAACAGAAAUACACACUCAGGUGUAUUAUUAACAAAAGAUUCAGAUCCAAGAAAGAAAGCGCCUUCCUCUAUCCUCCGCAAAUCAAGCCUCACCUGCAGCUAUGGAUCUAGUUUGGGGCACCAUACUUAAUAAGGCCAUGACAAAUCCUUCUUGAUACAUGCCGGGUUGGAUAAUCUGUGCGAGGAAUUUGAAACCAAGUCACACGAAGAGUGCUUCAGGGUCUAGGGAUAUGGUUUGGAGAGGAGUAAACGUAGGAAGGACGAAGAUCUUUCAGAAGAGAGAAGGAUGAGCAAAAAAGGCCAGAGGCUGUGGCUAGCGGGUUGCUUAGUAACGGAGGAAAUGCGCGCGACCGGCGCCUCUGCUUACGCACCUGCAACGCCGGAAAGCGCCGUCGGAAGUGCCGAACGAGGUGCGACAGGGAGCCGCGCGCGCGUUCCAGCGGCCCUGGGAGGUCAGGUGGCUUUCUGCUCGCCGGUGACGAGCCGUGACGCCUCAAUGGUUGCCCGGGCGCGGCUUGGGGGUUCGGAGUCUGGCGGCUACUCUCUUCGACGCACCUCUUGUCAGGAGCGGGCGGCUGCGACUGCGCCUUGGUCGGUCGUCGGGACGGAGAACCAUGAGCCCCGGGGGCGCGGGCUGCGCCAACCGGCUGCUGCUGACGGUCGGCUGGCUGCUCCUGGCGGGCCUCCAGUCCGCGUGUGGGUCGAACGUCACCGCCGCCCAGGAUCCCGGCUUGGCCCCUUUGGGCGAGGGCGAGAAUGAGGGCGAGGAGGAGGCCGAGAGCGAGAGCGAGGCUGAGAACGAAGCCCAGGCUGUGCCUGAGGAGGAUGUUUCAAAUACGACAGUAGUCAAAGAAGUAGAAUUUGGGAUGUGCACCGUUACAUGUGGUAUUGGUAUUAGAGAAGUUAUACUAACAAAUGGAUGCCCUGGAGGUGAAUCCAAGUGUAUUGUACGCGUGGAAGAAUGUCGUGGACCAGUAGAUUGUGGCUGGGGUAGACCAGUUUCAGAAAGUCUUGAAAGUGUUAGACUGGCAUGUAUUCAUACAUCUCCUGUAAAUCGUUUCAAAUAUAUUUGGAAACUUCUAAGGCCAGACCAACAACCCAUUAUCCUUGCAAAUGAUUCAGCAGUCCUGGAAGUACGCAGGGAAGUUCAUCCCUUGGUUUUUGAGUGUAUCACCUUCGAUAAUAAUGAAAUAAUAGCAUCUGUUAAAUUCACAGUCUAUACAACAAGUGAAUUGCAAAUGAAAAGAUCAAGCCGACCAGACACUGAUGCAGUCUUAGUUUUUGUGCUGACCAUAGGAGUUAUUAUCUGUAUAUUCGUGAUCUUUAUACUGAUCUUCAUAAUUAUAAACUGGGGGGCAGUCAAGUCUUUCUGGGGAGAAAAAGCCUCAACAACUGAGAUACAGUCUGAGCUCAGUUUAACGAGAUACAAAGAUUCAACUUCUCUUGAUCAAUCACCAACAGAAAUACCUGGAAAUGAAGAUGAUGCUUUAAGUGAAUGGAAUGAAUGACAUAUGGAUGAUAUAUAAGAAACCAAAGGAGAGUAGAGAAUAUCAGAUUCAUUACUAUAAAAAUAAAAUAUAUGGUGAAAUACUUUAA